UGGUGCGUGUUUCGCUUCCUGGUUCCUGAAGAGGAGGCGCUCGCAAGUUGUCGCGACACUCGAAGAUAGGUUUGUUUUGUGCAACAGCACUUCAUGGGCAACAAACACUUUCUUCGUACCACCAUGUCCACAGAGAUUUUGUGUGAUCGCUUGGUGUCCAGUUUGAGUCCGUAUCCUCUGCAUCGUGCCAUGGAAGUCAGGAGGUAAAGAUCGUACGCACGCCUAAGUGGGCACCGUCAUGGCCCCGACAAGGAUUUGGCACCUCUUGGCCCAUUGCCAGGACAGAACCCCCUGUGGACCAGAUGAGGAGAGGGAGAAAUUCUGGGAGGAGCUGUUUGAUCAGCUAGAUCUCAAUAAAGAUGGAUACAUUGACAUACAUGAAUUACGUAAAGGGCUGGCGGGUCGGGGACUAUCCAGAGCUUCACUGGAGAAGAUUGUCGAGGCAGGGGACACCAACGAGGAUGGAGUGCUUGACUUUGAAGAAUUCACUCAGUACUUUCGUACUCACGAAAAGCAGCUCAAACUCAUGUUUCAAAGCCUGGACAAGAAUAAUGAUGGUGAGAUAGAUGCAACGGAGAUCCAGCAAUCUCUACGUGCUGUUGGCUUAAACAUCAGUCUCAGGGCUGCUACCAAAAUUUUAAAAAGUAUGGACAAGGAUGGGAACAUGACCAUUGACUGGAAUGAGUGGCGGGACUACUUCCUGUUUAACCCUAUCACAAACAUGGCGGAAGUGGCGCGCUACUGGAAACGUUCGAUGAUGUUGGAUUUAGGUGAGCAGAUGACAGUUCCAGAUGAAUUUUCAGAAGAGGAGAAAAGGUCUGGCUAUGUAUGGCGGCAGCUGAUGGCUGGAGCCUUGGCUGGAUCCAUAUCACGGACUGGGACCGCCCCCUUAGAUCGUCUCAAAGUUUUCCGGCAGGUUCAUGGUUCCUCUCUGUUUAGUCGGAACGUGCUGGGAGGUUUUCAGUACAUGCUAAAAGAGGGAGGAGUGCAGUCCUUUUGGAGAGGCAAUGGAAUCAACGUUCUUAAAAUCGCCCCAGAGACUGCAAUCAAAUUUACAGCUUACGAAAAGAUCAAGCAUAUAAUGUUUGGCAGAAAGGAUACCAAAAAUCUGAGGGUUCAUGAAAGGUUUCUCGCUGGCUCGUUAGCUGGUGCGACUGCUCAGACGGUCAUCUACCCACUGGAGGUGCUGAAAACCCGACUCACGCUUCGAAAAACAGGCCAGUUCUCAGGAAUGUCUGACUGCGCCAAGCAGAUCCUGCAGAGGGAAGGCGCUGCGGCCUUCUACAAGGGUUACGUGCCUAACAUGUUGAGUAUUGUGCCUUACGCCGGCAUUGACCUGGCAAUCUACGAGACACUGAAGUUUGCCUGGCUAAGCGGGAACAGAGGAGUUGCAGACCCAGGGGUGAUGGUCCUGGUUGGCUGUGGGGCAAUCUCCAGUACCUGUGGGCAGUUGGCAAGUUACCCUCUUGCAGUGAUCCGCACCCGAAUGCAAGCUCAAGCCUCAAUGAAAGGAUCCGCAAUGCCAUCAAUGUCUGCCUUGAUUCGCACCGUUUUGACCCAAGAGGGUGUCGCCGGCCUGUAUCGAGGAAUUUCCCCCAAUUUGCUGAAAGUCAUCCCUGCUGCCAGCGUGUCCUACGUUGCAUACGAGUACACCAGGAUAGCUCUAGGAGUGGAUGUGGCGGGUAGGCAGGGAGAGAAAGGGAAGGUUUAAAAAUGUGUGGAUGGUUUGAUGUGACUUCCACCUACAAGAUGGGUGUCAAACUCAAGGCCCAGGGGCCAGAUACGGCCCGCCACAUCAUUUUAUGUGGCCCGCGAAGACAAAUUGUUAUCACUUUAAAAAAUAGAGAUAUUCCUGGUAAUUUUUAUUACCAUUCGCAUUUUUUAAAUAUUUGAACAAUUUUUACGAGUCUCUGAUUUCAAAACUAGUUAUUCAUCAGUUCGUUGUGUAGACCAUACUGCGUUGACAGUCAUAGUUGCCCUCCGAUGGAAACUAUGGCUACAACGCAGCUAGUGACCAAAAUGAGUUUGACACCCCUGAUCUACAAGAUUUGCUCUGAUCUGUUAAACCUGCAUGAAAAGGUGGAUUUUGAUGGUGGAUGGAUUCACAGUCCUGUGACUGCACGUCUUGAUGAGCAAAUGAUAAAAGUGAUAGCGCUGCCCUGCAUUUGGAUGACCUCGCAAGAUGCCAUGAACAGAUUGAUGUGAGUUGCAUUGCUCUGUAUGUACCUACUACCAUCUGCAUUUAUAUUUACAAGUGACAACUUGCGUGAACUUACCUGAGAAGCACUGUAAAGGGGUUCUGUGUUUCCAAAUUGCAAGAGGAUUUUUCAGCCUUUUCUUCUCCUCACAGGUGUUAUGUAGAGAAGACUGUUGAGAGCAUUGUUGCAGCGUCUGAAGGUCGCCAUAAGUGGUUAAGAGUGAAAUGACUCAAGCAAAUGGAAGUAACACAAGAAGCUCAUUAAACAGUAGCUAUCAGCACAACAGUUAUAACAGCAUAACAGUUAUCACUCAAAUAGUGAAUUUUGAAUACUAUCAUUUGAAAUGGUCUUGUUUCAAGCAAAACUCUGAAGGACUGUACACUUGCACUGGUCACCUCUGGAGAUGAUGUCUCACAGCCUCGCUCAAAUGAUGAUCAGCAAGUAGAGGAGUUUGAGUCAACUUUGAAAAACACUACAUUGUCAAUUGUAUUCUCACCUACAAGAUUUUUAUUUUUCAAGAAAUACUUUUUGUAGCUAUAUUUAUGUUCCAAUUGUUAUAUUUACAAUAAAUGCAGAUGUGAAUUUUA